AUGUACAUGGUAAACGGUUUACCAAAACCCGGAGCCCAGGAGUUUACGGGCAAACGAUGGGUAGUGCUGUGCGCGGGUGGAGCUGGGUGGAAUAAUUACCCAUUCCAGGCCAGCAUUUACCAUGCCUACCAUAUUUUUAUAAACCAUGGCAUACCAGCCGAUAAUAUAAUUGUAAUGCACCCUGAUGACUUGGCAUCAAGCAAACACAACCCCACUCCGGGAAUUGUGGUAAACCAAGUGAAUGGCACCGAUGUCUAUCACGAUGUGCCCAAACAUUACAUCGGGGAUGAAGUAACACCAAAGAACUUUUUAGGCGUAUUAAGAGGCGACCCGGAGCUAAAAGCUGCCGGAAAGCUAGUGGUCGAUGGCGGACCCAACGAUCACAUAUUUGUAUUUUUUAUGGGCCAUGGUAGUGUUGACCUUAACAUGUACAUUUAUAUUGCACAUAAACUUCAAGAAUCUAUUGACUUUCCGAGGGGUACACUGUUUGCCAAAGACUUAAUCAACGAGCUGAAAGGAAUGCACCAUGCUCAACGAUACGCCAAACUAUUGUUUUACUUGGAGGCCAUCGAUUCAGGCUCGAUGUUUGACAAACUAUUGCCCGCAGACAUUAAUGUUUACGCCGUGACAUCAUCGAAACCUGACCAGGCAAGUUGGGCAUGCUGUUACGAUACGGUGCGCAAGGCCUAUGUGGGUGGACAUUUCAGCCAGCACUGGUACGCUGAUAAUGAGAUCAGUGACGUUAACAUCGAGACUAUCGAUCAACAAUUUUUAUAUAUUAGUUUGCAUAACAAGAUUGACAUUCAAAACAAUACUUUUGAAGAGGCUCAACAUUACGGCGAUUUAACGAUUGGUCAAUUGACCUUGUCGGAAUUUUUUGGACUUAAAAAACAAUCAUAUAACCCACAAAUUACCCGGAUAUACAAUGGACAAUGCGAAUAUGUGGACCAACGCGAUAUUGCUAUACAUUUAACUGAGCAGAAUAUCAUGCAUAGCAGGGAUAAUGUUGAGAAAUUACGUUACACACGAGAAUUGGGGCACAUAUUGAACGGCAGGCGAUACGCCGAUAAACACUUGAUCGCUAUGUUGGACGCCAUUAAACCGUUGACUGGUCUGUGGGCUACCGAUGCCAUCAGCGGCCGACACCCACUUAAUAACCGAGAUUGUUAUAAAAAGUUUGUCGAGACCUUUAGCGAUAGAUGCUUUAACUUGAGCAAGAAUCCUUAUUUCUAUGGAAAACUGAACGCUUUUGUUAACGUUUGCGAGUCGUUGACCGACACUACCGGUGAAGAGUUGGCACUCAAUCUAAUGACCCUUUAUGGAAAACUGAACGCUUUUGUUAACGUUUGCGAGUCGUUGACCGACACUACCGGUGAAGAGUUGGCACUCAAUCUAAUGACCCGUUAUUGUGAACAAAACGUUCACUUGGAUUUGAAUGUGCAAGUACUACUAGCUAUAAUUGUGUAG